UUGACCCCAACAUUUUCCUAUCUUUGCAGUUUAUACGAUGUCUGAUCAACUCUGCAGUGCGGUUAAAAUGUUAUUUUAUUUCUUUGUAGAGAGAUUAAUGGCCUCAUUGUGAUGUUUUAAUCACUUUUAGAGUUUACAUUGAAUUAAAAUAGCCAUGUUCUUGUGACGCUUGUAAAUCCGAAUUUUACUUGCUCCACCCCCACCCAAGUACGAGGCCGAUUUUGGGAAAUAUGUAAUUUGGAGCGCGCCCGGUGGUGGUAGCAACCUUCCUAUUAUAGCUCAAUGGCAGAAACACACAUCAGCACUCAAACGAUACGUGGAUUCUCAUUGAAUAAUUGUUUGGCUCGUAGCUGGGUGAAAGCCCAUGAUGACACACAUUUACAAACAAGCUGAAACCGCAUAAGAGGACAGAUGACUCGACACGAACAGAAUCAUUUUCAUGGGACACAGAGAUAUGCUUAUUUUUGUUUGUAUUUGCUGACUAGUGAUUGAAUCAUUGAUCACGGACUGCUAGUUAGCUUGUCGCUCGUUAGCAGGUAGAUAGUCCGGAAUUCCUGGCCAGCUGCAUUGCCUAGGUCCUAUAGGUAUUUGGAUUGGCUGUGGUUGUAACUAUAGCAUACUAGGCUUGGAUACAACAAUCAGGUCAAUUCGACGGAUUUUCCAUUCUAGCUACAUUCAACCAUUCCAUGUUUACUCGGUGUAUCAAAUUGGCUGGCUAGUUAACGAGCUAGCUAGCCAACCACACUGAGUCGGACUGGAUUAUAAUAUUCCACGUUGCUAGCUGCUGUAUUGUUUCCCUCCAGGAAUUUGGAUGUAUUUUACAUUGCGUGUUUAAUAGAACAUUAACAGUACUUAGAUAUCUUUGGCCCAAUCCUUUGAAACUUUACACCGAGAUUUCCCUCAACAACUAUAUUUAUAAACGAAUUAAUUUAAAAGCUACUAUAACUAGCUAGUGUUAGUUUUUCGAUUUGGAAAAUGGAUGCGGGUAUUGAAAAGGAAUGCAGCGCUCUGGGAGGGCUCUUCCAGAUCAUCAUGAACGACAUGAAGGCUUGUUAUCCAGCCUGGGAGGACUUUGUAACCAAAGGAGUUAAGCUGCAAUCCCAGCUAAGGGCAACCAUCAUCGUCACAAGCUCUUUCCUGGAUGCCUUUCAGAAGGUGGCAGAUAUGGCGACUGGAACAAGAGGGGCGACAAAAGAGAUUGGCUCAGCCUUGACGAGAAUGUGCAUGAGGCACAGAAGCAUUGAGUCCAAACUGAAGCUCUUCACCACGGCACUAACAGAUACCCUGAUCAACCCCCUGGAGCUGAAGAUUGAGGAGUGGAAGAAGGUAGCCAGUCAGUUGGACAAGGACCAUGCCAAAGAAUACAAGAAGGCCAGAGCAGACAUAAAGAAGAAAUCCUCAGAUACAAUCAAGCUGCAGAAGAAGGUGAAGAAAGGAAAGGACGAGGUGCGCGGGCAGCUGGACAGCGCCCUGCAGGAGGUGAACGUGCGCUAUGCUGUGCUGGAGGAGACUGAGAAGAGGGCUGUGUGCCGGGCGCUCAUCGAAGAGAGGGGCCGUUACUGCGCCUUUGUCAGCAUGCUCAAACCUGUGCUGGAUCAUGAGAUCAGCAUGCUGGGAGAAGUGACCCACCUGCAGACCAUCCUGGAAGACCUGAGCAGCCUGACGGCCGAGCCCAGCAAACUGCCCCCCGCCAGCGAACAGGUGAUCCUAGAUCUGAAGGGAUCAGACUACAGCUAUAGUUACCAGACGCCCCCUGCCUCCCCCAGCAACACGCUGUCCCGCAAGAGCAGCAUCAGCAGGUACGUCCCCUCUCUGGACUCCAUCGCCACCUCGGUGGACGGCAUUCACCUCUGCCUGCCCUCCAUAGACCCAGCACAGCGCCGCUCGCCCAGUCCGUUGGCACGCUUUGAGGGCUGGGACGGCACCGCACGCUCCCUCAGCGAGGGCAACUCGCCAACUACCUCCGCCCGCUCUGCCAGCCAAACCAGCCACAGAGACACCACUGAGUUGAGCGGGCCGUGGUCAGCGCAGAUCGGGCCGGGCACAGAGAAUGGCACGGCCAUGCCCCCUCCACACAACUCCUACACACAGCACGGAGAGAGAGCGCGCACCAUGUCCACAUCCGGAAAGCUGGCCCUGACCCUGGGCGGAGGGCUCAACUCGGAGGCCCCCCACACCAGUCGCGACUCCCUCCACUGCUCUAGUGGUUACAGCACGCAGACCACCACGCCCUCCUGUUCCGAGGACACCAUUCCCUUCCACGCUGUAAAGAAAGAACCUCCUCUUUAUGACUACGACUACAUCUCCCUGCACGGGGGCGAGGAGUUGCACCACAGCCCUCCCGACUUCGACAAGUCCUCCACCAUCCCGCGCAACAGCGACCUCAGCCUGCAGUACCGCAAGAUGUUCCAGAGCAAGCGGCCCGCCUCGACCGUCAGCCUGCUCGCUGAGCCCGAGCCGCUGGGCCUGCGCCAGACGCACACUGCCACCAUCCGCCGCAAGCCCUCAUCCAAGCCCACCUACCGCCGUGGCACCAUCAGUGGCGGCGUACCUAUCCCUAUCUGCACUCCCCAGGUUCCCUUCAAAGCCUUGGGCGUAGGUGUAGGUGGAGGCAAAGGUGGUGGAGGGGGGAAGAGGGGGAGCGACGAGAACGUGGGGCCUCCAGAGAGCAGUGUGGGGAAGGGCGUGAUUGGCAUGAGCGGAACGGUGGACCACGAGUUGGUCCUCGCCAAGCACAGUCUGUGCACUUCCACCCAGAGCCUGAGCGCCAUGCCCUCUCACCACUCAUCAUCCACGUCGCCCUACUACUCUCUGAUCCCGGGCCAGGCGCCAGUGCCCAUGGGCAGCUCAGAGCAGCUGUACCAGCUGAGCAAGCAGCAGCAGUACGCCCUGCACCAGCAGCAGCAGAAGCAGUACCAGCAUCAGCACCUACAGUACAACCAGCAGCAGCAGCAGUUCCAGCCACCCCAGACACAACAGUUGCAACCAGCAGCCCAGACACAACAGCAAUUUCAACUACAGCAACAGUUCCAGCAACAACAACUACAGCAGCAGCAACAGAAACAACAACAGCAGCAGAUGCAACAACAGCAGUACCAGCAGACACAACAACCACAACAGCAGAAGCUCCAAUAUCAAAAGCAGCUGCAGCAACCGCAGCUCCUACAACAAGAGCAGCAACCGUUUCAGCGGCAGUCUCAUCUCCCACAACAGUACAACGCGUCUGGGAUUGCCAACCAGCUGGUGGAAAGCGGCCACUGCCUUCCCCCCCAGCAGCCCCCUGCCGCCCCAGACACCCAGGAAGCAGAUGAGCCCUCGGGUGGUGGAGAUCACAUGGUCACCAUGAUCCGGGGAGUGAAACUGCGUCGGACCCUGACCAACGACCGCUCUGCCCCCUUCAUCCUCCUACCCAACCAUUUCAAAUGAGCCCUUCCCUACCAGUGUAGGUUGUCAUCAUUUUGUUUUACGGUUCUUGAUUUUCUUUUAGCCCCGUUAUGAUUACAUUUCUCCUGAGAAAAUAAAGGAUGUUGCCUUUUUGGAUGUUUUGUCUCAUGUAAAAGGUUUCCCACUCUCCAAUCAAAUGUCCAGUAGCACUGUUUUAAACAGAUUAUAACAUUUCUCAGAGGUGAAUGUGGCCUCUUUAUCGCUCUGUAAUUUAAGAUUUUUAUACAUACUGUACAAGGAUACGUGUUGGCUAUAUACAAGAAUUUGAGCGUCUUAUGUUUAUAUGUUGUUGAGGGGGAAAAAAUGCCUUGCUUGCUUAUUAGUCUUAUCACCUGUAUGGUUGGAACCAAUAAAAACCCACACAUAUGUAUAUAUUAGCGUGAUAUGUGGAAAUCUUUAUUGUAUUUUUAUUAUCAGUGUCAGUGACAAAGACUGAAACAGUGGAUGUGUAAUGAAUGAUCCCCUAGAGGAAAUUAAAGACACAGAACUAGACCUCUAUACCUUUCUAGACUGCAUCUCAUUGAAGAUGUGAUCAAGUGAGCUCAAUUACUCUCCAUAUAGUGUAGGUCCACAGUGGCUUUAAAUGCUUUGAGCUGACUUUGCUAUUUACAAACACACAUACUUCACCUUUGUGGCGAAGGUGACUGGCUUCUCGUGAUGGAGGUUGACUGUACCAGUGUUUGAGCCAAUCAGAAGCUUGCAUCGAAGGGCAGGGAGGGGUCACAGGGUACAGGGGUCAGGACCACUGUACUGUAACCUUGAGCUGGAAAGUAAAGCCACCAUUGUGUGGGGGGCAAGGAGGACUGCCAUGUACUUAAUCCCUGCUUUAAUGUAUGUCUUUUAAGACUUUCUUCACAUUGCCAAGCACAUUGGUUUAGUGAUGUAUGUGGGGUAGUUUUUCAAUUGAUCGCCCUGUUCCCCAUAAGUGAUAGAUAUCUCCCUAUAUCAAGUCUACCUUCCUGAGGUUGGAGUGCUGGUUAAUGUUCCAGUUUUUAUGCAUUAUUUCAGGGAAAUCGGCUCUUUUAUUAUGAACAUAUGGUGCUAUUGUGACAUACCAAUUCCAGCCUACACUGACUCCUCUCCCCAUGACUUACAUACACAUGAUGCACUCACUGGCCAUAUUAAGGAUUUUUUAAAUAAUAACUGUUACUGACCAUGCAAGCUGUCGAAUCAACUUACGGACAGACCAUAGAAGUCGUGAGGAGACUUGCCGUUUCUGCAGUGGCAAUAGUUUUGCGGCUUCAGGCUAGAACAAAUUCUUAUUUACAAUGACAGCCUACCCCGGCCAAACCCUAACUCGGACCACACUGGGCCAGUUGUGCACCGCCCUAUGGGACUCCCAAUCACGGCCGGUUGUGAUACAUCCUGGAGUCAAACCAGGGUCCGUAGUGACAUCUCUUGCACUGAGAUGUAGUGCCUUAGACAGCUGUGCCACUCGUGAGCCCUGUUAAUCACUGAAUUUUGGGGGGGUUGUGAAAUAAUUUGAUAAAAGACAAAUGAGUGAAAUGGCAUUGUAUUUAGAAUUUAUUAACCAUUGUCUUUUUCUUAACUGAACCACUUUAAAUGUGUGGAGUUUUGGGAGCUUUGGGCCUUCUAGCCAUUACACAUAGCUACUCGUUCUUAAAAAGAACCCCUUAGUCAUAUUGUAUAGAGAGGGCAAUGAAACCAGAGAAGCUACUGUAUAAUAGCGACUCCUCUGCUAAGUGCAUAUCCCUCUUCCCCGAUAUUAAACGGACUGGGUUAUUCUCUCCUCCGUCUCACAUUCCCUCCCGGUUUGUGUAGGAGGCCCAUUUACCUGACACCACUCAUUGCGCAUCGAAUGACCCCAUUGGCCUGUUUAGCCAUUGUGCGUACUCCCACCUCUUCUCUGGCCUCUUCAUGUUGCCGGGGGUAACCCCCGUCCCCCAGAGAAACUACAAUGGCCUCUGUAAUCGAGGACUUUGUUACAGGAUAGGCUUAUACAACAACACAACUCCUGACUCGAGCAAAUUUAAAGCAAUAUCAGGCUUCAUUUGAGCCACAGCUUUAAGUUCAAGGUUCCAAAUGGUAAUUACAGUACAGCGUGCAUAUCUCCUUAACCCCAAAGUAGGUCUGGGGUAGUCAAAUUGUGGGGCAGCUGAGCUGACUGUUCCCUUUCUCUGUUGGGUUAAUUGUAUGUUAUCCGAUAAGAUUUGUGUUCCACUAGAAGAGCUCAGAGAUUUAUUUUGUUUGUUUGAGUGAAAUAAAUUAUCCAAACUAUGUUUAUAUAGACUACGGAGAUUAAAUUAUGUUAUACGUUUUCUCAAACACUGCUACAGUCCCACUCCAAACCCUGCCAAUCAGCAAGAGUGAAGGGCUGAAUCCUGUUCUAAAAAGCAGGUUCCAGUUCCUUUCUUUGACCUUGGCUUCAGCCACACUAUGACUGAGUCCCAAAUGGCACCCUAUUCCCUAUUUGGUGCACUACUAUGGGCCCUGGUCAAAACUAGUGCACUAUAUCGGGAAUAGGGUUCCAUUUGGGACAUAGGCUCUGUAGUCUGUUGGCCACUCACCGGCAGUGUGUGAUUGUGUGUGAGAGACUGAGAUUUGGUGAGUGUUGACUAGAAGCUUUGACCCCAAACUGUCCCAUAGGGCUCCAACUGACCAACCCUCCUUCUGUCCAUCCUGUUCUGUAAAGGGAGUUGAUCUCUUAUUGUAAAAGUGUUCAAUGUAAAUUGCUAAGUGUCACAAUUGCAUCUGUGUAGUGAUGCUGAAGCCUUAAAUGAAAAUAAUGUGGGUUUUAAAAUAUAAAUGCGUUAAAAAAGUU